AUGUCGGACGAAGAUUCAAAAGGAAAACGAUCAAGAGUGAUCUUAGCAUGUAAUCGAUGUCGACAACGAAAGACUCGAUGUGAUGGAGCUCAACCUAUAUGUGGUACUUGUACCAAAAGGAAUAUCGAAUGUGUUUAUGGUAAGCGUGAGAAGAGAGCUAAAGUAUCUGUCGAAUAUGUUAGAAGUUUAGAAGAACGAUUAAACAUGCUUGAUCAUACAAAUAAUGUUGAUCAUUUGGACAAUGGCAAUGGCAACGGUAACGUCAAUCAUGCAAAUGAUUCAGUACUUACUAAUAACAAUAACAAUACAAGUCCUGAAAAUGCUCCUCAAAAUAAUAAUAAAAACAAUAACAAAACUAAUAGACCUGAUAAAGAUGAUGAUGUUAAUACUACUGAUGCUAUGGGUGCUGGUUCAGCUUCAGGUAGAAGAAAAGAUAAAGGAUUUUUUGGAAGAUCUGCAGCAAUUUCAUUUAUGAAAGAGUUAUCAUGGGCAGUAGAUGAAGCUCCUAGAGGUCAAGAUGAAGAAGAUACUGACAAUGAAAAGAGCAACUACUCAAUGUCAAGAAAUGAUAAGACUUCAGUUACUAGAAAAGCUGAUAUAGUGGUUCCUCCAAGAAGCGUGGCUGAUAAGUAUGUCAGAAACUAUUUUGAUUAUGCUUACACCUUAUAUCCUUUCGUUCAUAGACCAACAUUCAUGGCGAGUUAUGAAGAUAUUUGGGCAAGUGACGGUAGUUCAAAUGAUGUGGAUGAAUUAUUCUAUUCCAUUUUGAAUGUAAUCCUUGCGUUUGGUUGUCGUUUGGCUCCAGAAGGUGAACAACUUGAAUCAACUUCCAAUGCUGAUUUAUAUUUUGAAAGAUCUCAAGAAUUAUUAAGAUUUCAUUUAAUGGAUACUGGUUCAGUAUUAUUAGUACAAGCAUUAUUACUUACAGGUCAAUUUUUACAAGCCACUACUAGACUGGCGGGAUGUUGGAAUAUUAUUGGACUUUCUAUUCGUAUUGCUCAAGGUUUAGGAUUACAUCUGGAUUUAAAUUUAACCCAAACAAAAAGUUGUAUUGAACGUGAAAUAAGGAAAAGAUUAUGGCAUGGAUGUUUAUUAAUGGAUAGAAUCGUUUCCAUGACAUUAGGUAGACCAUUAAUGGUUACCGAUGACAUCACCCUGGAAUUACCCGCUAAUGUUGAUGAUGAAUAUAUCAAAGAUGAAGGAAUCUUAUUUCCUCCUGCUACACAACCUUCAGGUUUAAGUUUCUUUUCAGAAACAGUCAAGUUGUAUGAUGUAUUGGCUGAGAUUCUUAAAACGUUUUAUAAUGAUGAACCUGAUUAUGUUGAAUUAUUCCUUCAUAUUUUCAAAUUUGAAGAAAAAUUAAGUAAAUUUCAUGAAAACAUACCGUCUCAUAUCAAAUAUGGAACAGAAUUACAUGAAAGACCAUAUGAAAGACAAAGUAUCGUUUUACAUAUUCGUUAUUUGCAUUUAAAAAUCAUGUUGUAUAGACCUGCUUUAUUUCCAAAGAAAAGAGGUAGAACAAAUAAUUCAGAAUUAUAUCUGUCAGCUCAAAAGUCAAUCUCAUUGGUAUGUGUUGAAACUGCUAUUGAACUAAUCAACUUGAUUAAUAAAUUCAGAGCGAAAGAUAUAUUCCUCUUACCUGCUCAUUGGUAUAAUGUGUUUUAUAUCUAUACUGCUGAAACAGUUUUAUUGGCAGCUAAACUUCAACCAUCAUUACCAAAUGAAAUAAAUGAGGAGGUAUUUAAUAAUACUUGGUCUACUGGUCUUGAAAUUCUUGCUUCUUAUAAGUCCCAAACCGAAUCUGCUGCUCGUUGUUUGAAAGUCUUGGAAAUAAUGGGUGAUAAAGUUAAACUUGCUGGUAGAAGAAUUGCAAGACAGCAUUAUGAUCCAGUUCAAUCAGCUGCUAAUAGUUCAACCAAUAGUAGUCCUUCUCAAGUACCCACUGAUGUACUUUAUUCCUUGUUAUAUGAUACUGCUGGUCCAUUUGGUGGUCCCUUCUUCUAUAGAGAUGAUAUGGAAAGAUAUCUAAAUUGA